UGGUUUGUCAACCACGAGGAACUCAAAUGUAUAGGCUUUCCAGAGCCGAUUCACACAAAACUGUAGCAGGCGUUCGCGGGUGUGUUGCUAGAAUGUUAAACCUUAAAACACAGACUGUAUGAGAAAGGGAUAAACCAUAAAACAUCCAAAUAACACAAGGCAUUCCGCGGUGCAGCUAACUUGGACGUUACUUGAGAAAACUUUGGUAGCGAUCAUCCUUCAUCCGCUUGGGAACAUGGAUCUCGGCGUGCCGUUGAGCUCUGUCUGCAGAGUGAUGAUGAAAGAAGAUUUAAAGGACGAAGGAUAUGGUCAUGUGAUUGCAUGUCCAGAUGAAGAAGAAGAGCCCUUUGCAGAGCUUCACUGUAAAACUGAAACAGACGAGUCCAGCGUUACUUACCCCGAAACACCACGGACAAGAGUGGAGAUUGAAGUGAAUGAAAGGGAGCAGGAGAGCGAUCUACUGGAAAAACUAGAGUCUGAAAUGUCAGGAUUUACUGAAUCGACACCGCUGCCCAUGCCAGUGAAGGAGAUAAAAGAAGAAGAGUUUGAUGAUUUCCUUCAAGAGUACAUGUUUGCAGACCAGGAAGUAAAAGGAGACCUCGGACUGGAUUAUGACUGCAAGACUGAAACACACACAUCACCGACCUUCAACUGCAAAGAAGAACAGUCUCCAGUGAUGGAAAUUAAACAGGAGGAAGAAUCUGAUUUAAAAGAAGAUUGCCAGAAAGACUCUUUCUGUAAAGGUGAGAUGAGGCAUACUGGGGAAAAGGUACAUUAUUUUACGAGGAGUGGAAAGGCCUCCUCGAAGACGAUUCAACACAAGUCUCACAUGACGAUCCACACAGGAGAAAAGACGUAUCAGUGCUCUGUCUGUGGAAAGACCUUAAGACGAAAAGAUAAUCUCAAGGCACACCAGAGGAUCCACACAGGAGAAAAGUCACAUCAGUGCACUACAUGUGGGAUGAGUUUCAGGACUAGGUCAAAGGUCACCGUCCAUCAGCGCACUCAUACAGGAGAAAAGCCACAUCAGUGCUCUGACUGUGGAAAGGCCUUUACUCAAAGGUCUUAUCUAAAGCGACAUCAGAUGGUUCACACAGGAGAAAAGACGUAUCAGUGCUCUGUCUGUGGAAAGACCUUAACACGAAAAGAUAAUCUCAAGGCACACCAGAGGAUCCACACAGGAGAAAAGACGUAUCAGUGCUCUGUCUGUGGAAAGACCUUAAGACGAAAAGAUAAUCUCAAGGCACACCAGAGGAUCCACACAGGAGAAAACUCACAUCAGUGCGCUACAUGUGGGAUGAGUUUCAGGACUAGGUCAAAGGUCACCGUCCAUCAGCGCACUCAUACAGGAGAAAAGCCACAUCAGUGCUCUGACUGUGGAAAGGCCUUUACUAAAAGGUCUUAUCUAACGCGACACCAGAUGGUUCACACAGGAGAAAAGCCGUAUCAGUGCUCUGACUGUGGCAAGUCCUUUAGUCAAAAAGCAUGUCUACAGACACACCAGAGGAUCCACACAGGAGAGAAGCUGUUUCAGUGCACUACAUGUGGGAUGAGUUUCAGGACUAGGACAAAGGUCACCAUCCAUCAGCGCAUUCAUACAGGAGAAAAAGCCACAUCAGUGCUCUGACUGUGGUAAGUCCUUUAAUCAUAACGCUGGUCUGCACAGGAGAAAAGCCGUUUCAGUGCUCUACAUGUGGAAUGAGAUUCAGGACUAGGCAAUUGGUGACUAAGCAUCAGCGCAUGCAUACAGGAGAACAGCCGUACCAGUGCUCUGACUAUGGAAAGGCCUUUAGUCAAAGGUUUAGUCUAAAGGAACACCAGAAUACCCACACAGGAGAAAAGCCGUAUCAAUGCCCUGACUGUGGAAAGGCCUUUAUUUAUAGGUCUGAUCUAAAGGCACACCAGAGGAUCCAUUCAGGAGAAAAGCCGUAUCAGUGCUCUGACUGUGGAAAGAUACACCAGAGGAUCCACACAGGAGAAAAGCCGUAUCAGUGUUCUACAUGUGGGAAGAGAUUCAAAACUAGGACCGAGAUGACCAUUCAUUAGCGCACCCACACAGGAGAAAAGCUGUGUCGGUGCUCUGACUGUGGAAAGGCCUUUAGGAAUGGGUACAAUCUAAAGAAACACCAGAGGAUCCACAUGUCAUUUUAGUGCUCUGAUGUGAAAAAGGCCUUCAGUCGUAUGUGAGUCCUAUGGGAACACCAAAGGAUUCACAGAGCAGAAUGUUGAACUUUGACAGCACGGCACGCUUUAAGUCAUUGCUAUUUUGCGCGGAGCCCGGCAGCAAGCACAACAAAAAUCUU